UCCACGUCCUACUCGCGCUAUCUCUCCGUCUCCGUGCGCUGACAAGGCGGCUUGGAAGCUGGCGUGUUAGGUAACAACGGUGUGAUGACGUGGGGGAUGUGAUCAUACCCACUCACAACCGCGUACAUUCAGGAACCAAGCACCAAGUCGGAAGGAGAGCGCCCUCGGUCGUGUAUUGUACUUGCGUCGCAGUUUUGAAUCUUCGCUCCGCAGACGGAGACACGAACACGCCAGGACAGGACACGGGUAGCCUGCCCCUUACGGUGGGUUCUCCGCACCUUGCGUGGGUCUCAGCAUGAUGUUGAUGUUGAAGGCUCUUGGCUCGAUUUGUUGCCGUUCGGCAGCAGCGGCAGUACGGACGACACCACCGCUAGAGAGGGCGGCCAUACCCAUAUCCGCCACGAUGCGGAGGCUUAGCACCAGCACCCACAGCGGGAGGACCACAUCGCCGGAGCAGCAUCAGGAGUGGAAGUCGGUGUACAGAGCCUUCCUUCUCCACGUGCAUCCUGAUUUCUUCCACGAGUCUCCCAAGAAACGCGCGGUGAACGAGAAAAGUCUCAAGUCGCUGUCCCAACAUCUUGACCGACUUGGCGGCGAGGACACCCGCAGUGGCGGUGUGCACAGCAGGAGCAAUGCCGCCAACGGGAGCGCUUCGCCGCUGGUUUUCUUCCUAAAGCAAGCCGGAGACGAAGGCGCCGGCUCUAAGAGCGACGGAAGCCCCUCGCGUGGGAAGGUCAUGCUGCCGCUAGGAUCUCACCACCAGAUGGCGACACAUUUGUACGACUCCGGCAUGUCAGGCGUCAGUCCCCCACCAGCCCACGCCGAACAAGCUUCGACACGUCGUCACCACAGCAGUCGCCCUGUCGAUAGCAGCAACAACGACAACCCCUCGAGGUGGCACGGCUGGGAGGAUGAUUUGUUCGGCGGGACGGCAGCCAACAGGGCGUGGGACGAGGCGGCGGCUGGUCGAAACGGGAGUAGAGACACACACGGUCGGUCAGCCUUCAGCAGCGACGACGACAAGACCCGCGAAGGGAGACAGAGGACGACGGAGUGGGGCGCGGCCUUCGAGCGUCGCAGCGGCCAUGCCUCGUGGCUGGGACAGAUCCUGUCCACGGAUGAAGGGAGGGCCCUAGUCAGGGAGCGCCGGUCUAGCUCGAGGAAGGUUCGACGGCUGGUGGGAGAGCUGCGGGAGCAAUACGGCUUUGGCGAGUUCACCUUCAGGUGCGGCUGGAGUAAGUCGAAUCUUUGUGUGGCUCUGGGCUCCCUGGUGGAGACAUGCCGCGCCCGUCGAGGAGAGUUUCUCGUGAACGAUUUCGGUGGUCUCGAAGUGGUGUUCCGGAAUGACCCGUCCGUCCUGCACAAGGGGGAGAUCCGGCUGUGCCCCUCCGACGUGCCGAACCAGUGGGUAUCGGCGCUACGACGCGUCACCCCCGCCGUGCUUUCCGCGGCGGAAGAGCAAUCCCGCGAGAUGAUUUCCCUGCAGGAGAGGGCGUCGAGGGCUCUGCGAGGGGCCCGUCUUUCGAGAGGGCUUUCCUGCUCGAAAAGCAGAUAUCGCGACUUCUUGAGCAAGGUUUGCGCAGCGGCGGACGCUGAGCCCGACGAAGGUGACGGUGGUGGUGGCGAUGCAGCGGCAGAUUUGGUGAAAGGCGAUUGGUCGGAUUUGAUGUGCAGGGUAGAGGAGGGCUUCCGUCGUGCGUCCACGGUCCUAGAGGACGGCACUAUUCAGGUCGGCUCCGACAUGACCCUCAAGACCCUUCGGCGGUGCCUCGGGAGAGACUCGGACAGCUCUUCCGCCGCCACCGCCGAGUACCUCGAGCUGGCGGUCGCGGCGGCUGCGACGGCCGAGCGCUGCCGGCAGGCCCUCGGCCUCGAAUCCAUCAAGCGGUCCCGCCAUACCGUCGGCAACUCGGAGAUGGUCAUGGCCUGCGAAGCCCUCGUCAGGUUCAGCGAGCGGGCGAAGAGCGGCGGGGACUUGCGAGCGGAGAAGGAGGCGGUCGCCGCUCGGCGACGGUUGAGGGGCCACUGCGUUAGGGUGGUGGGGUCGAGGGUGGGCGUUUGCGACGGGGUGACGGAAGAUGGGGAAAUCGUGCUCCCCUGGAACUGGUGGGAAGAGGAGGAUGGAGAGGAGCGACGGUCUUCGGCUCCGGUCUGGUGAUGAUCAUUGUGUUUCUAUGUGUUUUCGGUCGGUUCCGAGAAAAUUGAACCGGGUAAUUUAUUCCUGAUAGAAUUAGACAAGAGGCUCAACGCAUAGAACCGGCCACGGUGAUUCCCUUUUUUCGCCUGGGAUUUGGUGUGCUUACCUUUCUGCGGGUUACGGUAGGCAAUCAAUGUCGUGUUGUUCGGGUGUUGCUGUGACGUGUAUAGUUGUGAGGCUCUUGGACGUCCUCUUAAACGGUAGAGUCCACGACGCUAAGAUGCUAAUGAUUUCGAGGACUGACUUGUUCUUUCCCCCCUGUUUUCGCCUGGUAUUUUGUGUGUUCUAUUGCGGCUCGCGGUCUAACUGAUUCGAUUUUCGGGUGGUGCUGUGACGUGUUUGGUGGUGGGGCUCGUGGACGUCCGCUUAAGCGAUAGAGGCAACUACGCUUGUGUGCAUACGUUUGCGAGCACUCACAACGGUGAAGAAGCUCCCAACUUGGUUCGGCGAACGCCGUGGAGCGGUAGCUU